UUUGCAGUUGAAAUGCAUUAUUUGACGGUGCUGAUUACAUUUCUCGCGUUAUCAGGAGUUAGUACCAACCAUAAUCCACCCAGCACGGAAAAUCGGUGGAAAUUGAACGUUUCUCGCGAUGGAUACAAUCAAUCGAUCUGUGUCGAUCCAAUUAGUAAGGAAAUUAAUGGCGUUCAGGAGUUUCCGGGCGCCGAAGACACGAAAAGUCCGAAGAUAAGGGUGAAUUGGUUCACCCAAUUGUCAUCGAUAACAAGGCCCUUGCCAAAGGAUUUAAGUGCGACAUGCCGAAGAGACGUGGAGGAGUACCUGCAGGGUCUGGAGAACAUGACGGAAUGGGCAGUCCAAAUGAUGGACUCCUCGGCGAAAAUGCCUUCCGGGAUCCUUAUGGGAAACUUGAGAGUCCUGGGGGACUUCGAUGAAUGUCUUUCAGUGGAACCCCCCUCGAAUGUCAAACCGCAGUACUGCUUAUCGACAAUUAAAUUCAACACGGAAAAGCUUCGAUUAAAUUACCCCAAAGUGCACGAUUACCUGCAGAAGGCAACUUGCGGCCGUAUAGGCAAGGAGGAGGUGGAAUUCACGGGGAAUUGGCCACUAUCAAUGUACUCGAAGAUAGAAUGGGCCGUCUGUGUCCCGGCAUCUUGCGGGCCAAAAGAAGUGGAGGACAUUUUGGCAAAAGCCGUCGAAAACGUGUAUCCUGAUAAUGGGGUUAAAGUGAGCGUGGAACCAAAGAAUUGUCAUGAUAAUCGACCAUCAAUAGAGGUUUCCAUGAGGGACUGGGUCUUUCUGUCCGUCUCGGUUUCUGUGAUAUUUCUGGUGAUAAUUGGAACAUGGCUGGAUGGUUCUUCGGAACCUGAUAGAAGAGAUGCGACAGAUUCGGAGGGAUUAGGACGUUUUGUCAAGGCAUUUUCUUUGAAAAAAUCCUGGAAAGGGUUGACAGAUCUUUCGAGUGACUCCCCAGGAACGAUCGAAUGCCUUAAUGGUUUACGAGCGAUAUCAUCUUUCCUCAUUGUGCUCCUCCACCAAAUGAGCAUGACAUCAAGUCUACCUCUCACGAAUAAGUCAAGGAUUUUCAAUGCAUAUAGAAAUCCUUCAAUACGGACGAUAUGGAAUCCCUUCCUGAUAGUAGACAUCUUUUUUGUAAUCGGCGGAUUAGUUCGCACUCAGUCGAUGAUCGCAAACCUAGGAAGGGGGAGUUUUAAUUAUAUCAAGGAUUGUGUUAAGAGAUACACAAAUUUGACGCCAUUAAUGGUCGUCGCAAUCGGCUUUCAAUUGGUGAUAAUUAACAGAUUGUCCACCGGUCCUUAUCGAGAGACUUACGUCGUGCCACACAUGAGAGCUUGCGAAAUAAAUUGGUGGAAAGUGCUUCUGCACUUUAUUAACUACGCCGACGACGAAUCUUACAAGUGUAUCGCCCAUACUUGGUAUACAUCCGCCGACAUGCAUUAUUACAUGCUGUCGCCGUUAUUAAUUUACCCCUUAUGGAAGAAUCCUAAGGCAGGACUUUUGCUGUCAAUCGUCGUUAUCAUUGCCGCAAUCCUGCUUCAAUUUUCGAUUUUAGUCACCUACGAUCUUGUCGGCCUCCCAUUCACCUUCCAAACAGGAAAUGGGGAAUGGAAAGACCACUUGGAGUAUUAUUACUACCCUAGUCACACCAGAGCGACACCUUACAUCCUAGGAUUAUUGCUCGGAUACUGUAUAUAUCGUUAUAAACAAAUCUCCUUAUCAAAGACUCAAUUGGCAAUUGGCUGGGGCACUUUCGCGGCUUUUAUCUGGUGGUCUAUAGGACGAGUUUAUGUCAUAGUACGAUAUGAUAUUGAAUUUAAUAAAUGGAAUCACAUUAUUUUUGGAGCAUUGAAUAAAACUGCCUGGGCCAUGUCAACCUGUUGGCUCAUCUUCGUCUGUCAUUACGGUUACGCAAGAACUCUUAACAGAUUUCUGAGCAGCAAUUUCUUCAAGUUUCAUUCCCGACUAGGCUAUUGCCUUUUUAUGUUUCACUUGACCGUUUUGUUCAUUUCAAUGGGAAAUUAUCGAUCUCCUUCAACAUUUCAUCCGUUCUUAUCGGUUAGUGACAAAAUUGGAGAGCACGUAGUUGUACUGUUCUUUUCAUUGGUCAUGUACCUAUUUAUUGAAGCGCCAUUCAGGGAGAUAUUCUCGUUGCUAUUGCAAAAACGAAUAAAUCCCGAAAAAACCAUAAAACAGCAAUAAAGAAAUCCUAGAAA